CUUUAGCACAAUGGAAGUAUUGAAAUUUAAUUUCUAUCUUCUCAGUAUCAUGGGGGUCUGGAAACCGCGAGGGUGGCGUGGCAUCAAAGCUAUUUUCUAUUACAUUUAUCGAUCUUUCGUAGUAAUUAUUACUAUCAAUCUCUUAAUAUCCGGCAUCUUAGACCUUAAAUUGAAGACUGUCCAACUCGAUGCCUUCGUUGACAAUCUAUCGUUGACCCUCGCAUGGGUCGUCGUCCGGCAGAAACUUGUCUGUGUAAUCGAAAAUCGCUGUGGCAUCACUUACAUAAUUGACUCACUAGAAAAAUAUCCCUUUAAACUCCGAGACUAUCGAGAGGAACUUAUUUUCCAACGAUUCAAGAAACUUGCAAGAACUAUAUUCAUUUACUACCCGUUAUUAUUUAUGAGCUCACUACUGGCAUAUUCUUCGGGCCACAUGUCUGUCAUGGAUCCACCCUAUAAUCUGCCGUACCAAGGCUGGUUCCCCUACAAUUACACUCGCAGAACUCAAAUAUACUGGGCGACGGCUAUCUAUCAACUAUACGCAGUAUUCACCACGGCGACUAUUAAUUUGAUACUAGAUCUGUUGUUGCCAUGCAUAAUGUGCUACAUAUACGGGCACAUACAUAUUCUAAGACACAGAUUUGAAGUUAUGACAAGAAAAUUACACAUUAUGUCGGGAAAUGAUGAACCUCAAGACAAAAUAAUUACCGCUGAGCGUAAAAUGAUGGCCGAGUGGGUUGAAAAUCACAGUGAUAUUUUAAAUUUAGUUAAAUUUAUCAAUAACAUAUUUGAGAGAGUGAUAUUUGUACAGUAUACUGUAAGCUCAGUUCUCCUCUGCACCAUCGCAUUCUUACUUUCGCACACUGAGCCAUGGACGAUGAAAUUUGCGGGAAAUUUAUCAUUUUUGACAGCGAUGUUCUUUCAAAUACUGUUGCCGUGUUAUUGCGCUGAUAAAUUGACUUAUGAAUUUCUAGAUAUAUCUACAACAAUAUAUGACACGAAUUGGUAUCACUUAAACAAGAAUGCCCGCAAAUCGGUAAUACUUAUUCUCCGACAAUCUUAUCGACCUGUAAUGAUAACAAGCAGUUUUUUAAUAGUUUUAUCCCUUGAAUCCUUCACCAAGGUUAUAAAACUUGCGUACACUAUUUACAAUGUUCUACAAUGAAUUAUUCAAUGAAUUCAUGUGUACUGUUGAG